ACGGCGUGGUGAGAUGUGUGCGUAGUUCCGGCCGUUUCGGCGUGGGGCUGUAGGGUCUCGCUGGGUGGUCGUGCCGGCAAUUGGGGAGGGAAGUGGGAUCUGCGGCCGUCUUAACUCAAACUUGUGAGGGGGCUGGAUUUCAUAUCAAAAUGCCAAGUACCUCCCAAACCAGUCCUCAACAGCAACAGCAGCAGCAACAGCAGCAGCAACAACAGCAGCAACAGCAACAGCAGCAACAACAGCAACAGCAACAACAGCAACAGCAAGCACAGCAGCAACAACAACAGCAGAUCAUUGCAUCAUCUGGAGUCCCUAUCACAUUUGAUGGACAGGAGGCCACAUUCAUUCCAGCAGGGGCUCAUGGAAAUCUGGUCUCUGGAGCCCAGUUUUUGUCUGGAGCUCAGCUGGUGAGGCCACAGAGCCUGAUAGGCUCCAAUGUGGUGCAGAAUGUCGGAGGUCAAGCCAUCUCUCUUAGUCCAGCUAUCAACGAUCGACAAACCCCCACCCUGUGUGGCGCAGGUCGCCAGCUGCAGGUGCAGACUCCGAAUGGGAUCCAGCUGGUGCAGUUGCCAGUGCAGCAGAGCAUGCAGACUAUCUCAGUGCAGAUCCCCAUGUCAGCAGCCAAUGGGCAGACAGUGCUGCAGACAGUGCAGCUGCCAGUGGCGUCCGCGGGUGGCCAGCAGAUCCAGCUGAUGCCGCAGAUCCAGAUCCCGCAGUACGCGCAGAUGCUGACGCCGACGGGCCAGAUCCAGCAGGUGCAGGUGGUGCCGGCCCACCACCUGGCCUCGCUGCAGGCGGCAGUAGCCGCCACCCCGGCCGCCGCCAGCAGCCAGCCGACCAGCCUGUCCACCACCACGUCCACGACGAGCGUGAUGGGCACGGCCCAGUCGUCGGCGGCCGAGGAGGGCAAGGAGGCCGGCGCCGAGGCGGCCGGCCAGGGCCUGGCGCUGCAGCUGGCGCAGGCCGGCCUCAUCGGCGGCCAGCAGACCAUCACCGUACAGGGUCCGAACGGCACGCAGCAGCAGCUGGCCGUGUGGGCGCCG